UCACAAGAAGAGUGAGUGCUUCCUCAUCUCCAGGAUGGAAGAGCCCGGAAAGACUUUUAGCUCUGAGGAGGAAGAAGCUAGCUAUUGGAAGGAUCUGGCCAUGACCUACAAGCAGAGGGCUGAGAACACGCAGGAGGAGCUCCGAGAAUUCCAGGAGGGCAGCCGGGAGUAUGAGGCGGAGCUGGAGACGCAGCUGCAACAGAUUGAAAGCAGGAACCGGGACCUCCUGUCAGAAAAUAACCGCCUCCGCAUGGAGCUGGAAACCAUCAAGGAAAAAUAUGAAAUGCAGCAUUCCGAAGGCUACAGGCAAAUCUCCGCCUUAGAGGAUGACCUUGCACAGACGAAGGCAAUUAAAGAUCAGCUGCAGAAGUAUAUCCGCGAGCUGGAGCAAGCCAACGACGACCUGGAAAGAGCCAAGCGGGCCACGAUCAUGUCUCUGGAAGAUUUUGAACAGCGCCUAAAUCAAGCCAUUGAAAGAAAUGCCUUCCUGGAAAGCGAGCUUGACGAGAAGGAGAAUCUCCUGGAGUCCGUUCAGCGGCUGAAGGAUGAAGCCAGAGAUUUGCGGCAGGAGUUGGCCGUGCAGCAGAAGCAAGACAAACCCAGGACACCCAUGCCCAAAUCAGUGGAGACUGAAAGGACAGACACGGCUGUACAGGUCACCGGCUCCGUACCGUCCACUCCCAUUGCUCGUCGGGGACCCAGUUCCAGCCUAAACACACCAGGGGCCUUCAGGCAUGGUCCGGAUAGCUCUGCCGGCGGGACUCCACUCACACCUGCUGCCCGGAUAUCAGCCCUCAACAUCGUAGGAGAUCUGCUGCGGAAAGUGGGGGCAUUGGAGUCCAAACUCGCUUCCUGCCGGAACUUCGUGUACGAUCAGUCCCCAAACCGGACGAGUGGGCCAGCCUCAGGACGGGGCAAUAGGAGCAGAGAUGGCAGCGACAGACGGUCAGGCAACACCAGCAUGCCUUUGAGUGACAAAGGGAGAGAGACCUGAGACCCUGAGACCCUGAGACCCUGCUCCCAACUCCUGAUCCUCUUAGAACUCCGUAGGUCCUGUGCUAGCUAGUGUGUCAUGGCCAUGCCUUCAGCUUAACUUGGUUUGCUCUGUCUGAAGGUUGGGAAAACGCCUGGAAUUUGGGAAGCCGCCUUCGCAUAUUUCUUCGCCGCCGCUGCCGUCAGCCCAGGGUGUAGUCAAGAUGUUGCUUUAGGAAAACCAUGGAAGCUUCCGGAGCCCUUGGGGUGUGUGUGUGUGUAGGCAUAGUUGCCUUCAUCUCCCUUGUCACGCUAGGUGUCUGGUUUCCUUAAGUUAGUUGGAGAAAUACGAGCCGGAGGUCACCAUUGUUCAUUUUUGUGCUUUGUGGCCCAAACCUACUGUUGAGGCCUUUGCCAAGGUUCCCGGCGUUUGCCCCUGUACAAUGCCGCCACAGUUCCAGCCUCCAUGUCGGAGUGUGCGUCGUAAAGAGAAAGGAGGGGCUGUGAGUGUGGCUGAUGAGGAUAGCCCCUUGUUCCGAGCAUGCCCAAGAGUACUGGGUGGUUUUCAGAGGGAACUUGGAAUGCCUGGAGUUGCCUUCCUACUGGGAUCAAAGCUCAUCCCAGAACUGCCCUCUACCCAGCCCAUGUUCAGCUGGAGUUCUCUUCCAGAGGGAAGUCUCCUACUGCUCGAUGCGAACAGAAGUCAUGUUUGGGAGCAGAGAACUGAAGAGGCCUUGGUUUUAACCAUGGUCCUGUACCUCUGGGACUUUUAAUGCGUCUCUCCUGAGAUUUUCAGGUGAGUUUCAGAAUGAUUUUCAGGUGGCCAGGGUUGGUGGGAGGUGUGCGUCUUCAGGCAAAUCCUGAGCCCACCGCCAUGGCGUGAGGGUGACUUC